UGUUCGCUGGUGUUUUCACAUACUUCUCCUGUAUCUUCUCAAGACUCGAGCUGCAUCAAAACAAAGCACUAACACACAACACGGACGAUGAGGGGAGCAGGCCGACCCAAAAACUCGCAGAAUCUGGAUCAGAGGGUAUGUAUGACCAACUGCCCAACUCUUAUAGUGACCGUGGGUCUGCCAGCCAGAGGAAAGACCUACAUUUCCAAAAAACUCACCCGCUACCUCAACUGGAUUGACGUUCCAACAAAAGAGUUUAAUGUUGGACAGUACAGACGGGAAUGUGUGAAGAUCUACAAAUCCUUCGAGUUCUUCCGACCAGACAAUGAAGAGGGUCUCAAAAUCAGGAAACAGUGUGCAUUGGCAGCGCUCAGUGACGUCAGGCAGUAUCUCACAGAUGAAGGCGGCCAGGUGGCGGUCUUUGAUGCCACAAACACAACAAGAGAACGGAGGGAGACGAUCCUCAGAUUCGCACAACAGAACGGUUUUAAGGUGUUCUUUGUGGAGUCUGUGUGUGAAGAUCCAGAUGUUAUUGAAGAGAACAUUGUUCAAGUGAAGUUGGGCAGUCCAGACUACACACACUGUAACACGGAAGAGGCCGUCGCAGACUUCAUGAAGAGGAUCAAGUGUUACGAGAACUCCUAUCAGACGCUGGAUGAGGAGCUGGACAGGGAACUUUCCUUCAUCAAGAUCAUCGAUGUGGGCCGCCGCUACUUGGUGAACCGGGUGCAAGAUCACAUACAGAGCCGAAUAGUGUACUAUCUCAUGAACAUCCACAUCACGCCGCGCUCCAUCUACCUGUGCCGACACGGAGAGAGUGACCUGAAUGUCAAAGGUCGUAUCGGAGGUGAUUCUGGGCUCUCGGCCAGGGGAAAGGAGUUUGCUAAGGCGUUGGGACAGUUUAUUCAAUCACAGAAUAUUCAUGAUCUGAAGGUGUGGACGAGUCAGAUGAAGAGGACCAUACAGACAGCAGAAGCUUUUGGUGUGCCGUACGAGCAGUGGAAAGCUCUAAAUGAGAUCGACGCUGGCGUUUGUGAGGAACUCAUGUACGAGGAGAUCCAGCAGAAGUAUCCUCUGGAGUUCGCUCUACGGGAUCAGGACAAAUAUCGCUACCGUUAUCCCAAAGGAGAGUCCUAUGAAGAUCUGGUCCAGCGGCUGGAACCCGUGAUCAUGGAGUUAGAGCGUCAGGAGAACGUCUUAGUAAUCUGCCAUCAAGCCGUCAUGAGGUGCCUGCUGGCCUACUUCCUGGACAAGACUGCAGUGGAACUGCCGUACCUAAAGUGUCCUCUACAUACAGUAUUGAAGUUAACACCUGUGGCUUAUGGUUGUAAGGUGGAGUCAGUCUGUUUGAAAGUGGAUGCUGUGAAUACUCAUAGAGACAGACCAGCGAGGUGCAGUUACCUGCCUGUUUGCUGUCGCUCACCAGUUCAGUGCCCAGUUCAUUUGGAGGAGGAAUCUGCCCAUGUCUCGGGAGAAUCGUCUGGGCUUUGCUUUGCAUCACACCAGCUUCAAUGGACCCUCUUCGGAUUGCUCCAGACUACCACAACACACACACUUGUCUUACGAAUACACUCAUCACUAGCCCAUAGUGGCUCAUUGGAUCUGCAUCAGCAGCCGGCACAGGGAGCGCCAUUCAUUGAAUUUAAUUCCUUUGUUAAUAAACACUAUUGAACUGUCAUCUCUGCUUUUGGGUCCUUUGUCUUCCCCCAUCCCCUCCGUGACAGAAUUAACUGGACACCAUGGACCAAGCAGAGGAGAUGACCCUUCGCUCCGCCCUCUCCGAACAAGGAGCUCUGCUUGGAUGACACCAAGAUCAGAUCUCAGCCUCUAACCAUGCCUUUAGAAGUUAUGGCUUUGCAGCCGCGGAACUUUCCGCGAUGGUCCAGCAGCUCUGCCCUCCCUCCGAUCCCAGUCCCGUGCAGGACACACCCCCUGCUCCUCCGGCAGCUUCUCACACCCCAUAGCAAAUAGAGGCACGCACCAUCCCUCCAGCGCCAUUCUAAGGUGAGGGGUCUGUUAGAGAUUUCCUCUCACAAUGUUCACUGUUCUUCUCCUUGCAGCCCUUGCAGCUCUGAAGAUUGCGUGUCUCAUCACACUCUUCUCUGGGAGGGCUGGAGAAUGGGGAACAGCUAUGUGAGAUAACCGGCAUCCAUGCUGCUCUUCAUAUGAAUCUUUCUUUUCGGAACUUCGCCGAGUGUUUGACCGGGCAGCUCAAGGUCGGGAAGCUGGGAGUAUUUUAUCAGGACUGUCCCAGGGUAAUUGAUCAGUAGCCGAUUAUGAGCUAGAAUUCUGCACCCUGGCCACCUCCAGUAAUUUGAAUGGUCAUGCUAUGUAGGACUUGUUCUUGCGAGGUCUUUCAGACACUAUCCAGGACGAAAUUUAUUCUUUAGAUCUUUCCCCGUGAUUUGACGAUUUGGUGGACCUGGCCAUCCUGGUUGAUCAGCGUCUGACUUCACGCCAUGAGCAUCACCAACGCCGCUUUUCACCCACUCAGACACUGAAUCCUCACUCACAAUCCAUGCCUCCUACCAGAAUUUCUGACCCUCACUCCAAUUUUGAACCCAUGCAGGUGGGUAGACUUCCGGUGUCAUGUAAGGAGAGGCAGCGAUUGCUUCAAAAGGGUUUUUGCAUCACCUGCGGCCAUUCGGGCCACCUUGUCGCCUCCUGCCCAUUAAAAGACAACGCUCGUCAGUAGUUAGGGGGUUACUGGCGAGCACAACACCCUUGGACAAAGCCCCCGGACCCCGCACACUCCUCCCGGCCCGGCUGCUGAUUGGAAUGGACUGUCAUGUAAUCUUGGCCUUUGUGGAUUCCGGCACCGAAGGGAAUUUCAUUGACACAGACUUGGCUUCCAAAUGGCGGCUCCCCAGGAUCCGAUUGAAUGAGCCCAUCACCACCCACACGCUUAGUGGCAUGCCCCUGUCAGUCAUCACCCAUUCCACUAAGCUUCUCAGGUAACCACACUGAACAGUUGUCCUUGUAUCUCAUCCGAUCCCUAUUGACCCCAGUUGUGCUGGGACAUCCCUGGUUGGUAACGCACAACCCACACAUAGAUUGGGCAACCAACACUGUACUUGCCUGGAGCUUCUUUUGCUCCUUAAAUUGUCUUAACUCUGCUGUGUCCCCUGUCCAGUCUUGUGUUUCGUUGCAGGAUGAGUCGGCAGAUAUGUCACUAGUGCCGUUGGCGUACCACGACUUGAGGGCGGUUUUCAGCAGGUCCCACGCUGCGACCCUCCCUCCUCAUCACCCGUACGAUUGUGCUAUUGAAUUGCAUCCUGGCACUUCCCCUCUUUGAGGAUGGUUAUAUUCACUCUCGGCUCCCGAGAGGGAGGCCAUGAACAGGUAUAUUAAGGAUUCUUUAGCAGCCGGUCUCAUCCGCCCUUCCUCAUCACCUGCAGGGGCAGGGUUCUUCUUCGUGGUGAAGAAGGAUGGCUCGCUUAGACCCUGCAUAGAUUAUCAGGGGCUGAAUGACAUCACGGUGAAGAACCUUUAUCCUUUGCCGUUGAUGUCCUCAGCCUUUGAACUCUUGCAGUGGGUGUCCGUCUUAACGAAGUUGGACCUACGCAACGCUUAUCACCUGGUUCAUAUCAGGAAGAGGAGGAGACCCACACACAUACACACACACACACAGGACUGGUCAAUGCCCCUGCCAUCUUCUUUGGAUUUCUUGGUGAAUGCGGCAUACUGUAUGAUCCGGCCCAGAAGAACCGCCUUAAGUGCCUCCCAAGCCACACCCACAGAGUAUACUGAGGACCAGUUGGUCUCCAUAUAGACAUUGAUUUCAGCCUUUUGCAUUUGUUGGAAUUCAGGAUUUUGCAAUAGGGAUACAUUAAAGUGCCAACUAUAUGAUUUACUUUCUCCAUAUGUGGCAACACCUCUAAACACACCAGGGUGUGAUCUGAUACUCAAAUGUUUCCAAUUGAGCAAUAAACAACAGAUGAAAUGAGGGACUUAGAGAUAAAAAAAAAAUCUAUUCUAGAGUAAAUCUUAUGGACUGAUGAAAAAAAGUUAUAGUCCCUACCAGAUGGGUUCAAAAGUCUCCAAAUAUCUGUAAGACCAAGACUUUUACACAUCCUGUGAAGCAUCAGUGUUGCUCUAGGGGGCUUGUACACUUUUGCUUCACUAUGAUUUUGAGUCCAUCAAAAGAUUAAAGUCUCCUCCCAAUAUUAUAUCAUGAGGGGUGCCAGUGGCCCUGAUCAUCAACGUUAGGUGCAUAAAUAUUAGCCAAAAUAAGACUUUGUCCCUGAAUUUCAGCUAAAACCAUAAUGACGCUUCCUAAUUUAUCUUUAAUCUGUUUGAGACAUUUGAAUUGUAGAUGUUUACUUAUCAGUGUAAUGACUCUCCUGCUCUUACUCGAGCCAGCACUAAAGAAAACAUGUCCACCCCAAUUCUUCCCAAAUUUGUCAGCUUCCUGCAGAGAAAGGUGUGUUUCUUGAAGGAAAAACUAUAUCAUAUUUCUUACGCGUAAGAAGAGAAAUAACCUUCCUUUUUUUUAUGGGGUGCCCCAACCCAUUCACAUUCCACGUGGAGAGAGACAACCCACUCAUUUUUACAUUUGACAUUUUGACAUAUAAGAAAAAAUAGAUUGUGUGUCAAAAACAAGAUUAUAAAACCACAUUCCAACAUUGGAGCAACCAUUAGAACCUGAACAUCCCCCCGAACCAAACAAAGAGAAAAAGAAUAAUGUGCGCAUUAACCCUGCGCACGACAGCGCCAACAGGCGCCCAUCCCUCCAAACUCAAAGAGUCUAUGUAUGCCUACUAGAAUCCCUGUGACAACUUUGCCAUCGGAUUACUCAAGUCCAGUGUUUCUAUAUAAAUUUUGUGAGACAGAAUUAUACAGCAAAAGAUAAUCUAUAAAGCAAACUCCAGCCAAUAGGCGGAAUAAGGACAAAGAGCUUGUAGAUUCAUCCAUAAAACUGUCCUGAAGGUGUGUUACUCCACAAAAUAAACUCAAGCUGCUAGGCGGAACCAGCACAAAAAAAAGCGUGCAGAUUCUUCAAACAGUCAAGCAAAUGUUCAGUGAGUGGUCCAUUUGGCUGCAACGUGAGUACAACAAGAUGGCUUACUCACUCCUUUGACUUUAUGAAAGACAAUGCUUGCUGUGGGCAUGUGAAUGUUUUACGGCCAUCCUUAGCAUCUAUUCUCAAUUUGGCUGGGAAUAUCAGUGCAAAAGUGACCUUCAACUUCUCCCAGACAUGCUCCAAAUCCACCUUGGUCACUAAUGGAUUAGCAGAUAAUUUCCUCUCCAAUGACUCCAGAUAAUUGAUCCGUUUCUCGACAUCCCCCACAUCGGUGAACUUCGCGUCCAUGGCAGUGAUCGAUCGAUGUAUCACAGCAAGAUCCUCCAAGUCAGCAACGACCUUCGUCAGUAUUGCCGACACAUUCAGCAUCUCUCGCCACAUUUCUCGCACUUCUCCAACUAAAUUGACUCCCUGGCUCACGGCCUGCUCAGGGGCAUCAGCUUGAGCACGUAAGUGUCUUUUAAUGUCUCCAGAGCCCAAGGAUUUUGAAUUCUUUGACAUAUUUUCCUCCUAGAACAGUUAUGGAACAGAGUGUAUUGAAUCUUACCGGUUUUUAUCAUUAAAAUUGUUAAAACUAGCAAAGUGCGCAGAGCUCGCCGUUCACACGUCUGAUCCUCGCAUGGCAUCACGUGACUCCGCAGUCAUAUUUGUUUUCAAUUGAAAAGCAAUCACAAUGAUCACAACACAAAUAUACUUUGAGACUGUCAUAAUAAAUAGUUUUUGUCUUUAUGUGUUUUUCC